UACCUCCCUUUUAUUCGCCCAGAGUUACUCCUCUUGGUGAGCAAGGAAAGGAACGAAACUUUUUAAAAAGUAUUGUUGUAUUGUAUGGAUUAUCUUUUCUUUGAUCAAGUCUUCUGCUUAGCUACGUGAGAACGGGGAGUGUUCGUUGGAAUAUUCCAUGAAAUACGUUGGUUUUUAAAUACAAGUUGAAUUCAUAUCCUGUCUUCAACUGAAGUUCUACGUAUUGAGCUGCGGGCGCUCUGUGACAUUUGAAUUCUGCACGACAUAAGAGACACUAAGGACACUCUGACGAAACAAACUCUUCUCACGGAUGCCACGUGACAGUCCGCACAGUGUCACUAGACUAGAUGCGACAGUGAACCAUUGGCUCUAACACUAGUGACGCCUUUGUCAGAGCCAUGUGAAUUUAUGUCCUCUGACAAUUGCUGGCAGACAGGAUGAAUAACUAGCUUGGCGUUCAUUUGGCUGUAAACCUUGUUCUGUCUCCUCGACUUGCUAACUGAUGAGGUCAGUGCAGGCCAGAAGGUUACAAGAAAAACAAUUGGACUGCUCGGAAACUUGAGAGAAUACUGAGAGCCCUUUUAUAGGCAGCUCGUCUCUUAACUUUGAAGCUUAGUGUGAGGACCUUGUAAUACAGAUCUUAGUGAGAGAAUCUCUUUUACAGAUCUUAGUGAGAGAAUCUCUUUUUACAGAUUUUAGUGAGAGAAUCUCCUAAUGCAUACGAUAGAUGGUGCUUCUUGAGACGUAGCUGUGUUUGCAUCUAUAAGUUCUUCAAGCCUCGGAGACUGGCUCCACGCCUAUUAAACAAUCUAAACACAGUCAUCAACCAAUGGAACGAAGCUGAAAGAGACAUCACCGCAAAGAACUCCGUCAUGGAGAAUAACGAUGCCAACUUCUCUUUAGGGAAUCCAGCCCGUCCAGCGCCUCCCCGCGUCAGGCGGGAGAGCUGCCACUCGCUGUUCCUUUCAACCCUACCAACAAUUCAUGAGGUGGAACCGCUGGUUACGCCUACUCCGUCCGCCUACUCCGACGGGCGCCCCUUGGACGCGUUUCAGUCUAAGACAAACACAGUCAUGUUAAUGGGUCAAGAUGGCGUCGGUCCUGACGAUCAGCCCAGCCAGCUGUCAAGAAUCAUUUCCGCUACUACCCAUGUAGAGUACAACAUUCCAGUGACAUCCGGGGACCAGCACAUGGUGACCUGGGGCUUCACUGCCUUUAGUGUCGAGAAAUGUGAGCCUCAUCACACCUGGCAACAUGGGAACAAAUUUUCUCUACGCAGUCUUCAUGACUUCAACAGAACAGACAAGGACUGGGACACGAAAGACAAGUCUGGGACGGACGCAUCUAACCAUCAGCUUAGCAGCUCAAGCUUUUACCGGAUGGACUCGCAAACCACGGACAAAACUGACCCAUCAGCCAAACUGUUGAAUGACAGCGCCACCGAAGGGACAAGCAAAUCCUGUACUCAGAAUGUCCAGCUGAGGAUUAUGUUUGUUCUGGGCUUGCUUUUCGUGUCUGGAAUAAUUGUUUGGAUUCUCUCCCCAUUUUUCCCUAUGUAACCGCUGACACCAAGAAUACGUCUGUAACUUUGAGGUUUUGAUUACAUUUGGCUAGCUGAAAAUUCAGGUCGUACUGGAAUAAAGUUCUUAGAGGAAUUUUCAAUUUAAAACCAUGACCAGAUCAAGACUAGAUCAAUAGAGUUGCAAUGUAUGCAGCUACAAAUAAGUGCGUCAAUGGAUACAAUUCAUGUAACAAACCAAAUAGAAAACAAAAAAUGGAUCCUGUCAACAUGGAAUGUACAUCCAUCGAUAAUGACAAGCAAUUGUAAUCCAUGGAUCCUGCCACCAUGGAAUGUACAUCCAUCGAUAAUGACAAGCAAUUGUAAUCCAUAGAUCCUGCCAAUAUGGAAUGUACAUCCAUCGAUAAUGACAAGCAAUUGUAAUCCAUGGAUCCUGUCAAUAUGGAAUGUACAUCCAUCGAUAAUGACAAGCAAUUGUAAUCCAUAGAUCCUGCCAAUAUGGAAUGUACAUCCAUCGAUAAUGACAAGCAAUUGUAAUCCAUGGAUCCUGUCAAUAUGGAAUGUACAUCCAUCGAUAAUGACAAGCAAUUGUAAUCCAUAGAUCCUGCCAAUAUGGAAUGUACAUCCAUCGAUAAUGACAAGCAAUUGUAAUCCAUGGAUCCUGUCAAUAUGGAAUGUACAUCCAUCGAUAAUGACAAGCAAUUGUAAUCCAUAGAUCCUGCCAAUAUGGAAUGUACAUCCAUCGAUAAUGACAAGCAAUUGUAAUCCAUGGAUCCUGUCAAUAUGGAAUGUAAAUCCAUCGAUAAUGACAAGCAAUUGUAAUCCAUAGAUCCUGCCAAUAUGGAAUGUACAUCCAUCGAUAAUGACAAGCAAUUGUAAUCCAUAGAUCCUGUCAAUAUGGAAUGUACAUCCAUCGAUAAUGACAAGCAAUUGUAAUCCAUGGAUCCUGUCAAUAUGGAAUGUACAUCCAUCGAUAAUGACAAGCAAUUGUAAUCCAUGGAUCCUGUCAAUAUGGAAUGUACAUCCAUCGAUAAUGACAAGCAAUUGUAAUCCAUGGAUCUUGUCAAUAUGGAAUGUACAUCCAUCGAUAAUGACAAGCAAUUGUAAUCCAUAGAUCCUGUCAAUAUGGAAUGUACAUCCAUCGAUAAUGACAAGCAAUUGUAAUCCAUUGAUCCUGUCAAUAUGGAAUGUACAUCCAUCGAUAAUGACAAGCAAUUGUAAUCCAUGGAUCCUGUCAAUAUCAAAGGUAAAAUGUAGAGACUAUGAGCGAGUUAGAAUCAAAGAUCACAAAUCAGUGAAUUGUAGCAUCAAAGAAAACAACCAAGCCAGAGUUUGAAACAAAGACUACAGCCAAAGGUAGAAUCAAAGAUCACUCGGAAGCUAAAUUUGAAAAAAGAAAUUUAUUAAUGAAAAAGAAGAAUGUUAAAAAUGUCAAACAAAACAAGUAGAUCAACAUUUUCUGACAAAAAAAAAUAUUUUGUAAAACUUGUCUACAAAAGUUAGCAAUUAGUCAUUAGCUAUUCCCCUUUUUAGACUAUUUGGUCAUCACAAGACAAGGCGCUACUAAAGAAAUUUCUGACCGUAUUUACUUUUCUAUGUCAAAUCGCAGGGAAGACUUUUGUUUAUAUUCUUACUUUUCCCUAUUGACUAUGUCUUUUAGCAUUUGGUUCAUAGAUACAAUACUAUAGCAUCAAGACUUCCAUGAUAUUUUCUUGGACGAACUCCUGACGUGAGAACUUAGGCUCUAACUUUGUAACCUGGUCAAAGUAUGUUUGGUCAAGAGUGACUGCAGUCUUCAGUCACCAAACUUGAUUGUCUCAUUCUCUGAGGAUAGCAGUAUUCCUUGUCAGUAAAAGACAUGCAGUUUAGUGUGAAUGUUAUUGCAUGGGAUGAAUCACUUAGUGACAAACAUGUCACUUUUAGUAACGACCAACUUGUCGAUGACACUUCUAGUAAUGGAGUUAGCCAGGAAAACAAAUGACUUGGUUAACAUGCAUGACUAGAUUAACCUAGGAAUACGCGUAGGUCGUAAUUAUCUUCUUUUUUGAAGUAACGUCUGUAUUUUAUAAGAUAAGAUAAGAAACACUCGGCAGUGAAAAAAUUGUUAGUGAUUUGUAUUGAUUUAAAUAUGCACAGUUAAAUAAUACGCCAAACCACACAACACACAUCACUCGUGUCAACAAACGUAACACAAGAUACCACAAUGACAUAACCCACACGACAACACACCAACUCAACACAUUAUAGUAUAUAUAGCUUCACACAUAGCAUCACACAUAACAUCACACAUGACACCACACCAAAACAACACAUUAUAGCUCACAUAACUUUACACAUAACAUCACACAUGACACCACACAUGACACCACACCAAAACAACACAUUAUAGCUCACAUAACUUUACACAUAACAUCACACAUGACACCACACUCAACACCACACCAGAAAAAAAAUUACACACCACACAUAAGACCACACCACACAUGACACCAAACAUAACACCACAUAUCACAAAUGUUACCACAUAUAACACAACACAUGACACCUAAUCACCACAUGACACAAUACCACACAUCACACCAAUCAAAACCACCACAGCACAAAUGACACCUCAAACCACAUCAAACAAGACGCCACUCACAAUACCACACGCCACAGCACAAAUGACACAAAAUGUACUACAGACGUGACUGAAAGGUAGCCGUGUUGAAGCCAGACAUCAUUAUUUGGUAGCGUGAAAGUUUUGUUUGGUAAACAAGUGUGAUACAAUUAUAAACUAUAUAUAUACAGAGAGAGAGAGAGGAACAAACAGAUUAGAUAGAGAGAUUGGGAGAGAGAAAUGGACAAUGAGAGAGAAAGCGACUGAAUGAGUUCGUAGAAACUAGAUAUAUAUUUAACCAAGUGCGUUGUAGUGGGCAGCUGGAUGCCCUUCUAGUGAUAAAAAAUGAGGUGGGGGAUUUUCCCCUUGCAUUUAUGCUUUAAUUUUUUUUUUUUUUUUUUUGUGUGUGUAUACUAAAGGGUUAUAACUGUGUAUUUAAAAAGCCUACUUUAUUGUUUUAAGAGUUGUCUACCGUUGAAUGUGAUACUGUUCAGUGCAGCAUGUGAUAUUUAUAAAAUGACAGUAUUUCAACAUUCUAUCAAUAUUCUUUUAAUGUUCCACUUGGAUGACUAAAAAUUUAAAUUUGUCUCUUGACUAAUAAAAGACUGAUUUUGUUUUCUGUGAUUUGGUGGAAUUAUUCUAGGAUUCUAUGUACAUGUACAAAUAUAUAUUUUUUUCAAAAAUUAUAAUAAUUAAUAAUAUAUGUACAUAUAUAAACACUGUACACACACACACAAAUGGAAUGUUGUGAUGAAAUAAAGAAAAGAAAACAGAGCAAAUAUUAAUACAG